CGCAUCACAAUCUUACGCUUACCACUAUCAACAUGGUUGCCUUCAAGUUUCUCGUUGCAGCUGGUCUCGCCUGCAUCGCCGCUGCUCACUCCGGUUCUCAUGACACCGCUUGUGUCGCCCCAGUCACUGUGACUGUCACCGAGACCGUGUGCGGCGAGCCUGGUGUGCCUGCUUCCACCCCACCCGCGGGUCCCUCUUACGAGGCACCUCCACCUCCACCCGCUUCUCCGGUCACUUCGCCUCAGUCUACGGUUACCGUUCCUCUGAGCGACCCUCCUGUCAACACUCCCACGGUCGUCCCACCUGCUCCUCCCGCGGAGACGGUUGUUCCGCCUGUCACACCCUCUGGCAAGGUUCCUUCGUCCGACCUUCCCUCAUCUGUGGCUUCUUCGACUGGCGUCAAGACCUCCACUGCUUCGGCUCCCGGUACAACCACCGUCCACUCUACCACCGCUACUGGCCCAUCAUCGUCGGGUAGCGCUCCCCCGGUCAUGACCGAUGGUGCUGCUCUAGCUGUGCCCUAUUCUGGUCUGGGUUCACUGCUCGCUGCUGGUGUUGCAGCAAUGGCUGUCAUCGCCUAG